GUAUCGUACGCUGUGACUGGCUGGCUGGCUGGCUUGUUGUGUGUGCUGCGAGCAAAAAAGCCAGCUGCGUGGAGCGGAGCGCUGCGAGAAUCUCUCGACUCCGCGCGACGGACUUUUCAGACGGGGACGCGCUCGUCCACCGAACACGCCACACAUAUACAGAGAGCUCUGCUAUACUACUACCUAAUCUCUCUUCUUUUGGCUGACUCUGUGUGUGACUGUGUUGUCGUCGUGUGUAUAGUGUAUAGUAGUACGAAUAUAGCGCGCCGUGUGUGUGUUGUCUCGUAUCUUUUCUACUAACGCAGCACAGCUCUUGGCGCUCCUAUUCGGCACACGCGCGUAACGUUAUUUUCCCGUCGAGGAGAAGAAGUCGCUGUCGGAGCCGCCGCCGCCUGACUUUUAUCAUCAUUGAGAAUUUUUAAUAGAACACGCGCCGCCAGCCAGCAGCAGCAGUGUGUAAACCGACGAGAAAGAGAGAAGCAAAUGUCUACCGCGGUCGUAUCGAACGUCGUGAAACUCAACGACGAAUCGAAGCUGGAAAACAGAGAAAAUACGAUCAUGAAGAAUUUAUAAAAGUGCAACAUAAAGUUAACGAGGAAAGUCGGAAAGAGUGCAUCGCGACUGGCGCAGUGUGUUUAUAUCUCUCUCACUUCUCUACACUAAAUUCAACGAUUAUCCUCGAAGCCGUCACUCCGAGAGCCUGUUUUGUUUUUUUGUUUACGUUUGGUUUUUGUUUUUACUUUGCUACUUCUGUGCGUGCGUUGAAAACAAGUGCAAAAGUUGGUUGGAGUACAAAAGCAAAAUUUAUGAAAGGCUCCGCAAAAAGUUGUCCGCUGUUGGUUCGUUGAAGUUCAAUUGUUUUUUUUUUGCGAAGCUGUUGCGCUAAAAGGCUGAAAGGCUGUCGCCUACAAGAAGAAAGUCGCGCAAGCAUCGCGCCGACUGGGAAGCUUUGUACACGAGAGCCAGGCAGCAGCAGCAGCUAAAUCGUACCAACGAUCAACGGCAGCGUCGAAGCUCGACGCCCACGACCAUGACGACUACCAUGUUGAUUAGUAACACACUCAGUCAUAGAAUGGCUGGAAUGUUGGAUCAGAGGGGCAAUCCUUUCCUGUCUGAUUACAAAUUCAAGCAAAACUUGACACCCAGAGCACCGACUCCUCCACAACUUGAAGAAAAUGAAGUAGACGAUGCUGGCAAUAUGGACUUCAGGUUCGAAGAAGUGAGAUUACAGAGCUAUGAAAACUGGCCAAGUCCAUACGUCAGACCAUCGGAUCUUGCUGCAGCUGGUUUCUACUACACAAAAGAAAUCGACAGAGUACGUUGUUUUGAAUGCUCAACUGAAGUUUGUCGCUGGGAGGAUGGCGAUGAUCCUAUGGUGGAGCAUCAACGAUGGGGAGGUCGAUGUCGUUUCAUCAGAAAAUUGCCUUGUGGCAAUGUACCUCUUGGAGCCGAUGCAAGCAUGAUUCCAGCUCGACCAUCUCGAAGCUGGGAUGUCUGUGGACCUUACAGACUGGACUAUCGACACAGUGCAGAGGCUGAUACUCAUGGCUCGUCUAGUGGACCCACCAGCACCAGCACGCAAUUGCCAAGCGCUGCAAGAUUAGGAUGUCUUGGAAUUGGUAUUGCAAAACGACCGGAUUUUCCGGAUUACGCAAGCUACGAAGCGAGAUUACAGACGUUUGCCGAUUGGCCGACUUCCAUUGCGCAAACCAAAGAACAGCUCGCUGAUGCUGGCUUUUUCUACACUGGCACUGGUGACCAAACGACUUGUUAUCAUUGCGGUGGUGGACUGAAGAACUGGGAACCUCAAGAUGAUCCAUGGGUACAGCACGCCAAAUGGUUCUCUACGUGUUUCUACGUAAGACUGGUCAAAGGUCAAGAAUUCAUCAACAGCGUCACCGGAAAACACAUUCCACCGCUUUCGGAAGAGGAGACAAUGAAACUAAAUCUACCUAGUUGCAUAAAAAAAGUUGAGUGCCUAUCGACUCAAAAAUGUGAAAGCAAAGAGGAAACCCAACAGCCGGCCCAGACGCAACUUCAGCCAAGCGCCGCAGAACCAGCAACCGCAACAGCUGCAGCUGCCGAAAGUGCAGCGGGCCCGAGCACUAACGAAGUUGAGCCGCAAGCCCCGACACCCGCGCCACGCAGUAGUAGUACUACUGCUACGACGACGACGACGGAGAUGCAAACCGAAACUCAAGCCGUGCCAAGCUCGAAUCAGUCGCAGCAAUCUGCUUUGGCGCAGCAAGCUCAAAAGGCCAACAACGAGAAAAAGUCGAUAGACGACGCUCGCGUCUGUAAAAUUUGUUAUAACGAGGAGUUGGGCGUCGUUUUUCUCCCUUGCGGACACAUGGUCGCGUGUGUCAAGUGUGCCCCGGGCAUGACGACGUGCGCCGUAUGCCGCGAGACUGUAACUAUGACAGUGCGCGCUUUCUUCUCUUAGUGUUUAGGCGAAUGAAAAUCUCGCGGUAAAUGCAUGCGAGUCGCGGUGAAAAGACUUCGAGGCUGGGCUUGAGAGUUGAAAAGCCCGAUGAUGCAAAAUGAAGAAACAUGACAUGACUCAUGCGUUUCAUCCAUCUGACGCGUAAUCUGCAAACACAAAUGCGAUUGCGACCCUUGUAAAUUUAACGAUCAAUGGUUUCUCCUUUUCAUUAUUAUUUUUUUAAUUACAACAAUAAAAGGUGCCAUGUAAAUGAAGAUCUACAAGUGUUUAUCAUAAUUGUGCGUAAUAGUGCGCAGUUUUCAUCUUGUUUUUCAUAAAAAAUUUAAAACAAAAUUAUACUUGGAUUUGUGUUUGUAGAUAAUUAUUAAUUACCAUGAGUGUAAAAUGAUUGAUUGUAAUUAUAAUAUGCGUGCAGGUGUAUGUUUUGCAAUCGGCGCAUAGAGUCUAGUCAUGCUCAGUAUUAUAUAUUUUAUGUGAUUUCGAAAAAAAAAGUUGAAAACAAUUUAACAUUAUAACUGUUAUUGAACAAUUAUAAAUGAAAGUUUCGGGUGAACAAUUUUAAAUUCUAUGUCGACUUUAAAUUUUAAGUCGAUCUGAAAAAAAGCUUUCAGAACCAUGUAACAUCAACAUAUGUUUGAUUGAGUCUUUCAAUGAAUCAGAAAAAUCCAAGACUGGAUGAAUUUUCUGUUAAGGUGAAAUUAAGCAGUCUUCUUUAAAAAAAAGCAGUUAUUUAAUUUCUAAGGCCAAAUCAUUUUUUAAACAUGUUUGUUAUAUCAUUUUGUUUAUUAUUAAACAACUCAUGUAUUAAAUUCUUAUAAAACAUCUGUUUUAUAACUCUGAAAAAGCAGAAUAAUUGAUAGUACGAUUUUCAACACAAUUUAGAAAUGAUACAAUUUUUAGAAGUACCAUUCUUAAUUUGGUUACAAGUACUUUUUAAUAGAUGCCAAAACUACGGUAAAAGUAACAUUUUUAAACAUUUUCCUAUUGCUUUUACUGAUACUUGCAGUAACAUUUACAGGAAAUGAGACGAAAAACUGUUAAUGCACUGGCUUUAGUACAUUCUGAAAUUGAAACAACUAGAUUGAUUAUUUCCAAAAUUAAGAGCUCGUUCAUUCUCAUCAUAUAAAAAGAAGCAUUUAAUAUAAUUAAAUUUAUAAUUAUGAAUAAAAUGUACAAAACUGGAAAGCUAUAGACAUGCAAUUUACAAAAUGAUGGUAUACGAAUUAUGGAAAAAUAUUUAUUUUCAUUCUAUGCGUUGAACGAAUGACUUUUUUCAAAGCUACUACGCUUAAAAAAUGCAUCUCUAUAGUUUUCUCCAUACAAUUAACAGUUGUAUUAAAAUAUUUUGCAUGUAAUAAAGUAAAGUUUAAUGUUAGUUAGGUUUUAUCAUUUUCGAAUGGUUUUUCAGUAAAAAUUUGUAAAAAUUAUUCAAACAAUUAACGUUUUUGUUUAUGGUCUUUAGAUACUGUUUGAUAGACUUUAUUGUAAUUGUAGCUUCGCGGGAUUAAUAAUGAAGCAGGAAAAUUAAACAAAAUGUAUCAUAAAUGAAGAAUAGGUUUAUGCAUUUAAGAUCAUUGAGCCAUUAGUUUCAAAAAAGGUACAUACAUAUACUUCUAUCACUAUCAUAUUUCAGAAUCAUAAAAAAAUUCAUACAGUGUAAAUACCAAUAUUAGUUUAUAUAUUAUAUAUUAGAUAGUUUGUAAAUAAGGAAUUCUCAAAUAAAUCGAUUGAAAGUGAAA